AAGCUUUCUCUCCUCUCUUCGUCUUCUUCGUCUCUGCAUUUAAUGUUGGUUUGAAUACGACGCUUCGUCUUCAGCUUUCUCCAAACUACGCUCCGACGAAACCUUUAUACGUAUAUGUAUAUAAAAGAUUUGACUUUGUAAUCUGAUUGAGACGUUUUUGUUUCGAGAGAGAGAGAGAGAGAGAAAGAGAGCUUUUUAUUUUUUAUUUUUUUGGUUUUUGUUUACCUAAAUCGGGGAAAUUUAAAGAGAAAGUUCUGAUUUUUUUUUUAUACUCCGCGAUUUCGUGAGAUCGCUUAUUAGGUAAGAAAAGAACUUGAAUACGAAAAGAUACAGAGGUUUAUACGUUAAUACAAAUGCCAGCUUUAGGUGAGAUACUUUUGGUUCCAGAAACUGAUAAAGGAAAGAGUAAAGACGUUGUUGAGGUUUCAGAGGAUGAGAAGAUCACAAGAACUCGUUCUAGAUCUUUGAAGAAGAAAGCAAUCAAAGCUUCGAGUAAAUUGACACAUAGUUUAAGGAAAAGAGGGAAGCGUGUUGCUGAUCAGUAUGCACCUAUUGUGAUUGAGGAUGUGAGGGAUGAAGAAGAGGAGAAAGCAGUUAAUGUGUUUAGAAUAGCUUUGGUUUCUCUUGAUUUGCUUCCAUCUCGUCACGAUGAUUAUCAUACAAUGUUGAGAUUCUUGAAGGCGAGGAGAUUUGAUAUUGAUAAAGCUGUUCAGAUGUGGGAAGAAAUGCUAAAGUGGAGGAAAGAGAAUGGAGUUGAUACUAUAAUGCAGGAUUUUGUUUAUGAUGAGUACGAAGAAGUACAACAAUACUAUCCACAUGGUUACCAUGGUGUAGAUAGAGAUGGUCGGCCUGUCUACAUUGAACGGCUUGGUAAAAUUGACCCCGGCAAGCUAAUGAAGGUUACCACAUUGGAGCGUUUCUUGAGAUAUCAUGUACAGGGUUUUGAAAAGACUUUUUCUGAGAAGUUUCCAGCCUGCUCGAUCGCAGCAAAGAGGCACAUAAAUUCUUCCACAACCAUAAUAGAUGUGCAUGGAGUGAGUUGGAUGACCUUUAGAAAAUUAGCUCAGGACCUUGUAAUGCGAAUGCAGAAAAUUGAUGGUGACAACUAUCCUGAGACAUUGAAUCAGAUGUACAUUAUUAACGCUGGAAGCGGAUUCAAGCUUAUAUGGAACACAGUGAAAGGCUUUCUCGACCCUAAAACUACUUCUAAGAUACAUGUUUUGGGAAACAAAUUUCGCAGUCACCUUCUUGAGAUUAUAGAUCCAAGUGAGCUUCCCGAGUUUCUGGGAGGAAGUUGUUUGUGUGCAAAUGAGGGUGGGUGUAUGCGAUUCAACAAGGGGCCUUGGAAUGAUCCGGAGAUAAUGAAAUUAGUGCGCUCGAGGGAUGCAAUGUACAAAACAAAAGAACAAGGCCUCCUGGAGAAUGGAGAAGUAGCUAAAUUAUUUGCUUUACGGCAUCAUGUAAACACAGAAAUAUCGUCACCUGAUGGAGGACAAGCUAGGGAGAGAGAAUCGCAUUCUGAACAUGACAAACGUGCUCAGUUGAGCAAUCAAGCUGAAGCAGUUGGUGUUGGGAGAAUGGAACAGUCUGAUUCACCAGAUCAAUUACCGAGUAAUCUGACAGUAGAAAGGAACUCUCUUCAGAAGGUUGCAAGUUUGUUGGCUCGUUUUAUUCUUCAACUUCUUGGCGGUCUAUGUCUCAUGUUCCGGAUCUUGGGAAGACUUGUAAAUAAGCAACCAGAGAACCAAUUGAGACCGGAGGUAAGGGUUUCGGUCCCCCAGCAACACGUUCCUCCUCCUCAGGUGCAAGGAAGAGAGUCAGUUCAUCCGUGUUGGCUGAGGUUGCAAAAUCUGGAGACCAUGGUCACAGUUUUGUGUGAUAAACCCUCAAGCAUUCCUCAGGAGAAAGAAGAUAUACUUCGUGAUUCAUUAGACCGCAUCAAAUCCAUUGAGCAAGAUUUACAGAAGACAAAAAAGGCACUCUUUUUGACCGCUUCAAAACAAAUUGAACUCGCUGAGUGUUUGGAAAACUUGAAAGAGAGCAGCUCAACGGGAAUGCGUUCGUGCUGGCCAAGACAUUGCAGAAACUUCCAAGCUGAAACCUGACUUGCAGAAUAGAUUUAUCUUUGAGUCUCAUAUCCAAAGUCUCUGCAUAGCUAUUACUUCAGCCUCUUAACCAUUAUUACAGAUGGUAUAUAUAUAAAAGGCAAAAUGGUACAUAAAGUGAAACUGAAGAGUGAAGAGGGAGAGCUUACAAUUGUUUAUUUACCAGUUUCUUUAGGUUAGAAAACAGAGGAAUUAGUGAACUUAUUUGGGAUUUUAGUUUUUUUCCAUAACGAUUCUAUUGCACAUCAUUGUUGUAUAGUAUAUAAUCCAAUAGUUGUG